UAUGUCAUGUGAACGUACUCAAUAAACAUACUGAGAAUGUGCAGCAUUUUCUCAGGUUCCCGAUUCAUACUGAAGUUUGGGGUGAACUCAAAGUCAAAACAUAAUCUCAGGAGAUUCCGUGUGUAUGCAAUGGCAGCAGCAGCAGCUAGGGUUUCCAAUGGCGGUGGCGGAGUAGUUCGCUUCCCGUUAUCUGCAUCGAGCGCUUUAGUAAUUCAGAAAGGAGACAUCACCAAAUGGUCUAUCGAUGGUUCCACCGACGCAAUAGUAAAUCCCGCGAACGAGAGAAUGCUCGGUGGUGGUGGUGCUGAUGGAGCUAUACAUAGGGCCGCAGGCCCACAACUUGUCGAAGCAUGCCGCACUGUUCCUGAAGUUAGGCCUCGAGUUCGGUGCCCAACAGGGGAAGCAAGGAUUACACGUGGUUUUAUGCUGCCUGCUUCUCAUGUUAUUCACACUGUUGGCCCAAUCUACAGUAGUGAUAGUAAUCCUGCUGCCUCUCUAGCAAGUGCUUACAGGAAUACUUUAAGGGUUGCGAAAGAAAACAACAUUCACUAUAUAGCAUUCCCAGCCAUAUCAUGUGGUGUCUAUGGAUAUCCUUAUGAUGAAGCCGCUACAGUAGCAAUUUCUACCAUCAAAGAGUUUCCAAAUGACUUUAAGGAGGUGCACUUUGUUCUGUUCUCCCCUGAUAUUUAUGACAUCUGGUUAAAUAAGGUAGAUGAGUUACUGAAAGAUUAGUGUGCCACAUCCGUAAUCAGCAACUCAAUUGAACACAAUUAUCUAGUGGUUGAGCACAUGGGUUAUCGAGUUUCAAAUGAUUGUGUAAGGAAAAGAUAUAAACUUAAUCUUGAAGAUUUUCUUGGUGAUGGUUUCUAUUAUACGAGUACUCUAUGAAAAGAUUUUAAUUCAAUCUGCA